CCGCGUGUCUCGACUUUUCGCGAUGAAGCUCGUUAGGUUUCUCAUGAAACUCUCCCAUGAGACGGUCACCAUGGAGCUGAAAAACGGCACCCAAGUUCACGGUAGCAUAGCUGGCGUGGAUGUGUCGAUGAACACCCAUCUGCGUUCCGUAACAGUUACGCUGAAGAACCGAGAAUCCAUGAAUCUGGACACACUAACCGUGCGUGGCAAUAAUAUUCGAUACUUCAUCUUACCCGAGAGUCUUCCGUUGGACACACUGCUGAUCGAUGAGGGUCCACCAAAGCGUAAACCCGGUCGUGAAGUCCCGCCAGUCAUUCGAGGCCGUGGGCGCGGUUUACGCGGUCGUGGACGAGGAGGGCCUCGCGGACGCUCACGCGGUCCUCCCAUACGGUAUUAGGCGAGCACAAGUCGGCGGAAGGCGCAUUUUACAACUGGCUGCUUUUUUUUAAAUGGUUCCCCCCGAACAGGUGCUAAUAAAACACGUUUUGUAUAUAUACGAAUGUGUUGUCUCGUCUUUUGCUGUAAUUAAGAAAGGCGCUACUAAAAUGGUUCCAUGCAAAGUUCUCAGUCUCACGUGCAUAUAGCAUGAGCAUAUAGCUGUACACACGCAAAAAACGCGAGCGCAGACUUGUAGUUCGGGAUAGGUAGGUAGGGAGGACUGUAGUUUUUAGGCGGAUCUAUAAGAGGAGGUCAUAUGUACAUGUGAAAAGAAAACUAAGGUAGAAGCAUGCACGUACACGAGUACUAUAUCGUAGGUGAAUAAGUCAGUGCGUGGUCAGGUGGAUGGACGGAAACGUGAGCGGGUUCGGUGUCCACUAACGGAGGGCAGUACUGUUCCGCUUGGCUGAAUGGAGGGAGAAAACAGGAAUAAUGUUAGUGAAGGAAAGUUUUGAUUUACUGCUUAGUGACUUCGCCACUUUUCCUUCAUACCCUGUUGGUCUGUGCAACGGUUCACAGUUG